AUGCCUACUUUGGUUAAUUAUAGUGGGGAAGAUGAACAUUGUAUGGGGGGAUCAUCAUGUUCCAUGGAUUGGAGCCGUUUGUUUUCGGUUCUUGAUGUUUAUAGUCGACCUUCCAAACGGCCACGAAUCAGUGACUCGUACAGUCUCUUUUCGGAUGAUCAAGACACGAAACCAUCGAUCGAAAUCCUUCCCGACGAAUGCCUUUACGAGAUCUUCAGGCGGUUAUCCGGCGGCCGAUCCCGGAGUGCCGCCGCUUGUGUCUCAAACCGCUGGCUUACGCUCUCGAGCAACAUCCGAAGUUCCGAAAUGGUCUUGGAAGAAGUCAAAAUCAAGAACGAACCGUUGAAUGCCGAUGAACACGAGAGCGAUGGGUAUCUUUCGAGAUCGUUAGAAGGGAAGAAAGCAACGGAUACUAGACUUGCCGCCAUUGUGCUCAGUACGUCUACCCGAGGUGGAUUGGGAAAGCUUUCGGUCAGGGGAAGUAGCAGAGUUACGAGUAUCGGGUUAUCGGCGAUUGCCCGUGGCUGCCCGAAUCUUCGGGUUCUUUUGUUAUGGAACGUGCCAUUGGUCGGAGACGAAGCUUUGAUCGCGAUAUCGAAAGAAUGCCGUUCGUUAGAAAAUCUCGAUCUUUGUCAUUGUUCUUCGAUUUCCGACACGGGUUUAGCUUCAAUUGCGGAAAACUGCCCGAAUCUCUGUUCGUUAACAAUCGAAUCCUGCAAAAAGAUUGGAAACGAGAGCCUUCGAGCUGUUGCUCGAAGCUGCCCGAAUCUACAAUCGAUCACCAUUAAAGACUGCCCGCUUGUCGGAGAUCAAGGCGUUGCUACUCUUUUUUCAUUGGGUUCUUCGGUUCUUUCGAAGGUAAAGCUUCAAUCUUUACACAUAACAGACUUAUCGCUUGCUGUGAUCGGACGUUACGGGAUGUCAAUCACCAAUCUUGCGCUCACGAGCCUUCGAAAUGUGAGCCCGAAAGGCUUUUGGGCAAUGGGUAAUGCAAACGAACUUCGAUCUUUGAUCUACUUAACGAUAAGUGCUUGUUACGGAAUCACAGAUUUGAGCCUUGAAGCGAUUGGAAAUGGUUGUGGAUCGUUGAAGCAUAUGGCGCUUAAAAAGUGUUGUUUUGUGUCGGAUAACGGGUUGGUUUCUUUCGCAGAAUCCGCUCGUUUUCUCGAAGUCUUGCACUUAGAAGAGUGCAAUCGGAUCAGCCAACACGGGAUUUUGGGAACUUUAUCGAAUCAAAACUCAAAGUUGAAGUCUUUUUCGAUAGUGAAGUGUAUGGGAAUCAAAGAUCAAGAACACGAAGCGGUUGACUUUUCCGAAAGUCAAUCUUUACGGUCGUUAACGAUCAAGAAUUGCUUCGGGUUUGGAAACGCCAAUGUGGCAAUGGUCGGGAAGCUAUGCCCACAUCUGCAUAAUCUUGAUCUAAGCGGGCUUUGUGGGAUAACGGAUUCGGGCCUUUUCGAGCUUCUGACGACCUGCAGUCCCGGACUCGUGAAAGUCAACCUUAGCGAUUGCGUAAACUUGACCAAUAAAGUGGUGGUCGAUUUGGCCAAGAUCCAUGGCGGAUCGCUGGAAGUUCUUAAUCUCGAGGGGUGCCGGAAGAUCGGUGACGAAAGCUUGUCGGCAAUCGCGGAAAACUGUUUCUUACUCAAAGAUCUCGAUGUUUCAAAGUGCGGAAUUACCGAUUUUGGUGUUUCGUGUUUGUCUCGUGGUCGUCAGACGGAUUUGCGGGUUCUUUCAUUAUCGGGUUGCUCGAAGAUUUCAAAUGCAAGCUUGUCGAGUCUCGAGAAGCUGGGACCGACCCUUUUGGGACUGAACCUCCAACGAUGCAAUUUGAUCAGCAGUAGCGCGAUCGAGUCACUUGUGGUUAAUCUUUGGAGGUGUGAUAUACUUUCGUGAACCGUAAACGAACCGAACCGUUUCAACCCCAGCCCGUUACGGUGAACCUUAUCGAACCAGGUGGUCUUGUGGUCCAGUUUUUGCAGGCUUAAUUGGCCUGUUUGCGACUCUUUUACUGUUUGGACCUAUGAAGCCAUGGUGCUUUGAGAGUUUGCUGUUUUUAGGGUCUGUUUGAGGGGUGUGGCUUGGACCAUCUUGGGUUAGGUUUUGUGACCAUCUUUUUAUAGAAAGUGUCUUAUUUUCCCAAUUUUAAGGGAAAAAAAACUUACAUUUUGUU